UCAGAGGCACUCUCUCCUUCCCAUAGCCCAGACUGAAUCCUGCUCAGGGCCUCUCGCGCCGCUGCCGCGCCUUUCCGUCUACCCGCCAGCACGAACUGCGGAUCCCUCCCCAGACCAGCAGCAGCGCCGUCCCUUUGCCUGGCCCUGCCGGCUCUUGGCUGGGCUCGUGCAGAUAUAACCCGCAGUCUCGGUGCAUCCGCUGCUGCCGUGGCCGCCUCUUGACCCCGAGGGCGGUUCUUUCUACGGCAGUCAUGUCAUUCCGGAAGGUUGUGCGCCAGAGCAAGUUCCGCCAUGUCUUUGGGCAGCCUGUCAAGAAUGACCAAUGCUAUGAUGACAUCCGGGUAUCGCGGGUCACCUGGGACAGCACCUUCUGUACUGUCAACCCCAAGUUUGUGGCUGUGAUUGUGGAGGCCAGUGGGGGAGGGGCAUUCAUGGUGCUCCCACUACACAAGACAGGACGCAUUGAUAAGUCAUACCCUACAGUAUGUGGGCACACAGGGCCUGUUUUGGAUAUCGAGUGGUGCCCACACAAUGACCACAUAAUUGCCAGUGGUUCUGAAGAUUGCACUAUAAUGGUAUGGCAGAUCCCCGAGAAUGGACUGACACAGCCUCUAACAGAACCAGUAGUAGUUCUAGAAGGACACUCAAAGCGCGUGGGCAUCAUCACUUGGCAUCCUACAGCCCGCAACGUUCUUCUCAGUGCAGGUUGUGAUAAUGUGGUUAUCGUAUGGAAUGUGGGUACAACUGAGGAACUUUACCGCCUUGAUGACCUGCAUCCAGACAUCAUCUAUAAUGUCAGCUGGAAUCAUGAUGGUAGCCUUUUCUGCUCAGCUUGCAAGGACAAGAGUGUACGCAUCAUUGACCCACGCCGUGGGCAGGUUGUUGCGGAGAAGGAGAAAGCCCAUGAGGGAGCACGUCCUAUGCGGGCCAUCUUCUUAGCUGAUGGGAAGAUCUUCACAACUGGCUUCAGCCGUAUGAGUGAACGGCAACUGGCGCUCUGGGACCCGGAAUAUCUGGAGGAGCCCAUGGCAUUGCAAGAGCUGGACUCAAGCAAUGGGACCCUUCUUCCCUUCUAUGACCCUGAUACCAAUGUUGUCUAUGUCUGUGGCAAGGGAGACUCAAGCAUCCGGUAUUUUGAGAUUACAGCAGAAGCACCCUACAUCCACUUCCUAAACACAUUCACUAGCAAAGAACCACAGCGUGGCAUGGGAUGGAUGCCCAAACGUGGUCUGGAUGUCAACAAGUGUGAGAUCGCCAGGUUUUAUAAGCUCCAUGAGCGCAAAUGUGAACCCAUUAUCAUGACAGUGCCAAGGAAGUCAGAUCUGUUCCAAGAUGAUUUGUACCCAGAUACAGCUGGUCCAGAAGCUGCUAUGGAAGCAGAAGAAUGGGUGGCAGGGAAGACAGCAGCCCCUAUCCUGAUCUCAUUGCGUGAAGCAUAUGUGCCCACCAAGCAGCGGGACUUCAAAGUCAACCGAAGGAGCUUGUUGCAGGAGAGCCGUCCUGUCUCUGCCAGCCCCGGGCUGAGUGCCACACACCCCAGUGCCACAUCCCAGUCUGCUGCCACACCUGCCAUUAACACUGGCACUGUCAGUGGGGAUGGUGGGCAGGUAGCUGAGGAGGUGCUGAGUGAGGUAGCAUCACUGCGAGCACUUGUGGCUGCACAGGGAGAGCGCAUCAGACGGCUAGAGGAGCAGAUGAGCCGCAUUGAGAAUGGAAAUGUUUAGGGGUUUUGGCCCCUGAAGAGACCUCACCAACAUGGAUCUUCAAUACUUCAUCCUUCUUGAGCUGCCAGUAAUCCCUCGCACUGCCUCAUCCUAUCCUGUUGUGCAAGAAAGGGACUUGCCCUCUCUUGCGGCUACUGGGGAAAUGUAUUGGGUUUUGUGUCUGAACAAGCCUCCUCUUCUAUUGGUUGCCCAUUCUGUUUUUUAACCAAGGGGCAGUCGCUGGGCUCUCCACAGCUGUCCCUUUGCCUUAUUUUGGUCAGAGUCCUUCUACCCUGUCCCAUUCCCAUGGCUGGGGUUAGCCUGCCCUCAUAUAGGGACCAGAACUAGCUAAGUGCUCUGCCUGGUAUGUUCCUGGCUGCCACUAUUUCUGCUGAAGUUCUACUGGGGCCUCCCAAAUGGCAGACAAGUUUUGGGGAAAGCUAGUGCCUCUUGAGAUAGCAUGGGGUAUGAUAUAUGUUUGCAUUUGCCAUGCCUCUUUUCCCUUGUUAACACCACUGAGAUCCUGUUGAGGAGGAUUCUUCUGCUUCCUUUCCUGAAUUUGUAUUUGCGCAGACACCAUGGAGGUGACCAAUAAGUACGACUGUGAAAGAAAUCAGCCAUCCAGUCACUGUCCUGAGACCACCUCCCUCUUCUGCCCUCAGAGAAGCAGAUUCUGACUCAAUAACAAAAAGAGUGGGGAGAGGGGGAAAAAACACUAUUCAGGUUCAAGAUCUAUAUUUUCAUUCCAAAUAAAAGUCUUUAUAAAGCCA